AUGGCUUGUGUGGCCUGUGUGGCUUGUGGACUGUGUGGCUUGUGGCCCGUGUGGCUUGUGGCCCAUGUGGCUUGUGUGGCCCGUGUGGCUUAUGUGGCCCGUGUGGCCCAUGUGACCUGUGUGGCCCGUGUGGCCACCAGAUGGCUGUGUGAUGGCUAUGUGGCUCGUAUACCACCAGAUGGCUAUGUGGCUCGUAUACCACCAGAUGUCUGUGUGACUCGUGUACCACCAGAUGGCUGUGUGGCUCGUAUACCACCAGAUGGCUGUGUGGCUCGUAUACCACCAGAUGGCUGUGUGACUCGUAUACCACCAGAUGGCUGUGUGGCUCGUAUACCACCAGAUGUCUGUGUGACUCGUGUACCACCAGAUGGCUGUGUGGCUCGUAUACCACCAGAUGGCUGUGUGGCUCGUAUACCACCAGAUGGCUGUGUGGCUCGUAUACCACCAGAUGGCUGUGUGGCUCGUAUACCACCAGAUGGCUGUGUGGCUCGUAUACCACCAGAUGGCUGUGUGGCUCGUAUACCACCAGAUGGCUGUGUGACUCGUAUACCACCAGAUGGCUGUGUGGCUCGUAUACCACCAGAUGUCUGUGUGACUCGUGUACCACCAGAUGGCUGUGUGGCUCGUAUACCACCAGAUGGCUGUGUGACUCGUGUACCACCAGAUGGCUGUGUGGCUCGUAUACCACCAGAUGUCUGUGUGACUCGUUUACCACCAGAUGGCUGUGUGACUCGUGUACCACCAGAUGGCUGUGUGGCUCGUAUACCACCAGAUGGCUGUGUGACUCGUGUACCAACUGAUGGCUGUGUGGCUCGUAUACCACCAGAUGGCUGUGUGACUCGUGUACCAACAGAUGGCUGUGUGGCUCGUAUACCACCAGAUGGCUGUGUGACUCGUGUACCACCAGAUGGCUGUGUGGCUCGUAUACCACCAGAUGGCUGUGUGACUCGUGUACCACCAGAUGGCUGUGUGGCUCGUAUACCACCAGAUGGCUGUGUGACUCGUGUACCAACAGAUGGCUGUGUGGCUCGUAUACCACCAGAUGGCUGUGUGACUCGUGUACCAACAGAUGGCUGUGUGGCUCGUAUACCACCAGAUGGCUGUGUGACUCGUGUACCACCAGAUGGCUGUGUGGCUCGUAUACCACCAGAUGGCUGUGUGACUCGUGUACCACCAGAUGGCUGUGUGGCUCGUAUACCACCAGAUGGCUGUGUGACUCGUGUCCCACCAGAUGGCUGUGUGACUCGUAUACCACCAGAUGUCUGUGUGACUCGUGUACCACCAGAUGGCUGUGUGGCUCGUAUACCACCAGAUGGCUGUGUGACUCGUGUACCACCAGAUGGCUGUGUGGCUCGUAUACCACCAGAUGGAUGUGUGACUCGUGUACCACCAGAUGGCUGUGUGGCUCGUAUACCACCAGAUGGAUGUGUGGCUCGUAUACCACCAGAUGGCUGUGUGGCUCGUAUACCACCAGAUGGCUGUGUGACUUGUGUACCAACAGAUGGCUGUGUGGCUCGUAUAUCACCAGAUGGCUGUGUGGCUCGUAUACCACCAGAUGGCUGUGUGGCUCGUAUACCACCAGAUGGCUGUGUGACUCGUGUACCACCAGAUGGCUGUGUGACUCGUGUACCACCAGAUGGCUGUGUGGCUCGUGUACCACCAGAUGGCUGUGUGGCUCGUGUACCAACAGAUGGCUGUGUGGCUCGUAUAUCACCAGAUGGCUGUGUGGCUCGUAUACCACCAGAUGGCUGUGUGGCUCGUAUACCACCAGAUGGCUGUGUGACUCGUGUACCACCAGAUGGCUGUGUGACUCGUGUACCAACAGAUGGCAUGUAUUGUUUUGACUCUACUUUUCUCUACAACAAUUAA